UCCGUCUCUGGCAGGAUCCCCUGGUUCCAGUAUCCCAUCAUCUAUGACAUUCGAGCCCGGCCGCGGAAAAUCUCCUCGCCCACCGGCUCCAAAGACCUGCAGAUGGUGAACAUCUCCCUUCGCGUGCUCACGCGGCCCAACGCUGCAGAGCUGCCCAGCAUGUACCAGCGCCUGGGCCUGGACUACGAGGAGCGAGUCCUGCCUUCCAUUGUUAACGAAGUGCUCAAGAGUGUCGUAGCCAAGUUCAACGCUUCACAGCUCAUCACCCAGAGGGCCCAGGUGUCCCUGCUCAUCAGGAGGGAGCUGACGGAGCGCGCCAAGGACUUCAGCCUCAUCCUGGACGACGUGGCCAUCACGGAGCUCAGCUUCAGCCGUGAAUACACCGCGGCGGUGGAGGCGAAGCAAGUGGCCCAGCAGGAGGCACAGCGUGCGCAGUUUCUGGUGGAGAAGGCCAAGCAGGAGCAGAAGCAGAAGAUUGUUCAGGCCGAAGGGGAAGCUACAGCUGCUAAGAUGAUAUCCUGCUGUGGGAGAUCUUGUGGGCAGAAAAAGCUACGUAAGAUCCGAGCUGCUCAAAACAUCUCAAAAACGAUUGCUGGCUCACAAAACCGCGUGUAUCUCACAGCAGAUAACUUGGUACUGAACCUGCAGGAUGAGGGCUUCACCAGAGGAAGUGACAGCCUCCUACUCAAACAAGGGAAGAAAUGA